GGUGAAGCCGAGUGCGUUUCAAGCGCUCAAAAGCUCGGUGUAUGAGCCGUGCAUCAUGGGGAAGCAAACGCAGCAAUCCCUCCCAGAAUUGGAGUCGGUGAGCUUGGAGCCUCUUGACAUGGACGCCUGCAUUCCAGUGCCGGUGCCUUUCAUUGGGGGCAGCCGGUACUUUGCCACGUUUCUAAGCGGCUACAGCAAGCUCUCGGUUAAAGUCCCCAUGAAGCAAAAAGGCGAGGUGGCCACGGUGAUCGAGCACAUGAUCAACCGGCUGCAAUUGCAAUUGAAGAAGAAGCACAAGUCGGUGGGGACUGUUAGAAUCCGGUGA